CCCUCUGCCAGCGCUCCCCGCAUCCGACUUCCAAGUUCCUUUUAUAGACCAACGCCGACCCACCCCACCGAUGAUGUCACAAAAGGGGCAGGGCGAGCAGGCACGCGAUAUAAAGCUGGAAGUCUGAAGCCGUCAUUCGAAGGUGGCAUGCGGGGAGAGCAGGAGAAGAGCUCAACCCGCACCCGCCACCCGCGAAGAGGAGUGCGACCCGCGGUUAUUGGCCCAGCCACCCAUCACUACUACAAACAUCAGCAAAUUCAUCCCCGGACCUCGCCUAUUGACUUAUACCAGGGGUGCCCAAAAGGGGAGCAUCAGAACCUUGUAACUGAAGAUAUUACUGUGGUGGAAGGAGAAGUUGCAAUCAUCAGCUGUCGGGUAAAGAAUAAUGAUGACUCUGUUAUCCAGCUGCUGAACCCUAACAGACAAACCAUCUACUUCCGGGAUGUUAGGCCCCUGAAGGACAGCCGAUUUCAAUUGGUGAACUUCUCCAGUAAUGAACUACGAGUUUCGCUCUCUAAUGUUACUCUGGAAGACGAGGGCCGUUAUCUCUGCCAGCUUUACACUGACCCUCCUCAGGAGGCAUUUACAACAAUUACAGUGCUUGUUCCUCCACACAAUCUGGUAAUUGAUGUACAGAAGGACACUUAUGUGGAAGGGGAAGAGGUGGAGAUGAAUUGUACAGCAUUGGCCAGCAAACCAGCAGGAACUAUACGCUGGUUCCAGGGAAACAAAGCGCUUACAGCUGUAAAGACAGAUGUGGAGUACAUGGAAGAGAGAAUGUUCAGAGUACGAAGUCAACUUGUGCUUACAGCAAAACGAGAGGAUGACGGCAUCCCCAUUGUGUGUCUUGUUGACCAUCCUGCUGUGAAAGACCUACAGACCCAGCAGUACCUUGAUGUUCAAUAUAAACCAAUGGUGAGCGUGUCUGUGAAAUAUCCACAAGGCCUUACAAGAGAAGGAGAAACUUUGGAGCUUGUGUGUAGUGCGACAGGUAAACCCAGGCCAGAGAGCAUUUUGUGGCAGCGAGUAGAUGAUGAUCUCCCUGAACACGUCCUCAUCUUAGGUGACAACCUGCUCUUUGGCAACCUUAACAAGACAGACAAUGGCACAUACAGGUGCGAGGCCUCCAACAGUGUGGGCAGUGCUUCAGCAGAUUACACUCUGUUUGUGUACGAUCAUCCUACCACCCUCCCUCCACCCACAACAACCACCACCACAACCACUACAACCACCACCCCUUUCAUCAUCACAGACGCAAGUGCAACGACAGAGCCUGCAGUUCACGACACCUGGGCAGGUGAUGAGACGCCUCUGGUCGUUGAUCAUGCAGUGAUUGGUGGAGUUGUGGCUGUUGUUGUCUUUGCUAUGCUUUGCCUUCUCAUAAUCUUGGGGCGCUACUUUGCUCGACAUAAAGGAACAUAUUUUACCCAUGAAGCCAAAGGAGCAGAUGAUGCAGCAGAUGCCGAUACAGCAAUCAUAAAUGCAGAGGGAGGUCAGAACAGCUGUGAAGAGAAGAAAGAGUAUUUUAUCUAGCUUGGCCUUGUUAAUGGGUGUGAGCUCCAUUCAGACUCACCGCUCGAGAGGAGAAGGACCUUCCAGCGUCUCGCGUUUUUUUUAUCAUUUUGGUUUUGGAGCGGAUGGAGGAGCAGGGGACCCAUCUGGUAUCAAGUGAAUGCCCCACAACACUGUCUGCUUUUAUUGUUUGCCACUCUUCCUUUCACGGGAUAAACAAGAGCUUGAAUUUUUGUUUUAAUGUUGUGGGUGGGGGGUGCAAGAAAAAUAUGACAUACAGGCUCCUCAGUGCUGGGGGACUGUACCUGUGUGUAGAGCGGUUUGCUGCAGACUCCUCCUCCACUGAUGAUGCAUAUUAUCAUCUGCAGACAAUUUGGUGCCUUGCUUGAUUAUUAUUUUUUUUUAUCCACUUACCUGAGAAGUUUUGUUUCCGGCAAACUUUCAUGCCGCUUCCUGCCAGGGUCAGUCCAUCAGCCAGUCUUGUGCUCAUUUUUGUCGGGACUUCUGUCUUUUUCAUAUGAUCUCACUUCUGUCUAAGGGAAACUCUUCUUUCUGUCCUGGUGUAAUUUUAUGAUGGGGUCACAAGUCAUUAAAUCACAUGCCAUUUUCUGGGGCUACUGCUGUUUGUCCAUGUCAUAUUUUUCUGUCUGUCCCUGCUGGUCUGUGUGUCAUUUGCAAUUGGGGGUACAACUUGGCUUUCAUUCCAUAGCUGUCAACUCUCAUUGGAAUCGCUUCUCUCUAUACUCCUAGCACAUCCUAUAUGUGUUUUUCAUCUCCUCAUUUUCUUCCUCCGGUGAUGAGGGCAUAUGUCUGUUUCUGCUGUCUAUCCAUAUUAUGUAAAUUCCUUUUGGGUGACUCUUGGGUCUUCUAAAGCAUAUUUAUCUAUGUUUCUGGCAUUCCUGGCUUAUAUUUUAUAUUUUUCUUCACUUUCCUUACUUGCCAGUCUUUUUUUUUUUUUUUUUUGCCAGUAUCCUUAUGGAUGUUAGUCCUGUAUUAAGGCGAAGAUGCUCUGUUCUUCUCUGGGAAGUGAAUAAUCUAUCACUUUUUUGGUUAAGUAAAGAGAUGAGAGACUUCUGAUAAUGGUUGCUUCACGAGUGUGAGGAAGCUCCCACACCUCUCCCACCACCGCCUUGGAUAGUUGGUGGGAAUACAAGUGGACGUGCCUUUUUAUUCACUAACUAACAAGCUGGAGGAAGAGAAGGGAAGAACAUGGGAAAAGUUUUGCUCUGAUAAUUCUAAAACAACACUAUCGGCUUUUACUGAAUGCCUCUCUCCCUCUACCUCCUGUUUAUCCCUCUCUCUCUCUAUCGCUACUUUUUCUUUCACUCUCUCUGUAUUCAUUGUCUGGGUACAGGGUGCCGAUGCUGUAGAUUUUCCCACAAUAGAGCAUCAUUUCUUCUAAGUGUUGGUUUCCGGUGCCCUUCUGUUUCAUAAUCACAGCAUUAAAGGUGCAGUUCCACUUAAUGCUAAAGCUUUUAGUCCUCUAUUUGAGACACUACUAAACACAGUCUGUAUAAUAUAUUCUGUAAUAUUAUUGUGUAAUCUGGAGGGUUCAGUCCAAAUUUGUUAUACUGAAAAAAAAAAGAAAAGUUAUUGCUGCUAUAGAAGGUGUUAGCAGGGUAAGUGUGUUGCUUAUUGUUGCCCCGUUGUAUAUUGCUGAGUAGAACUGCACCCAAACUGCGUCUUAAAGAUCUGAAAUGUAAGGGGGUUAUUUAAAGAUGGCCACCAAGUUUAUUUAGCUUUUGUGUUGCUUAUAUGUAAAUGAAGACAGCAGAAAAGUUGGUAUAUGUGUGAGUGACCAAAGUCUUGGGUAGCAUUAUGCAGAUGUAUUUUUUUAAAGUCCUGUGUGUGCCGGCAAUUAUCAGAGUAAACUCAACUCCAUAGUUUUAUCCUCUCCAUCCAUACCAUAAUCAUGUAUGGUAGCCUUGAAGAAAUAGUGUGAUGCUGAAUGGAGCUUUCAAUAAGUGAAUUGCCUUCAUCUGUAAACUGGGAUACCAAGCACAUUACUGUAGUACUGUAUAAAUGUUGAUGGGUAUUGCCAGGACACACAGGGAUCUCAUCAUUUUAAUUUGCUUAUUUCAGAUACCCUGAUGAUUAUAUUUUUAACCAUUUAUCUAGGUGCAUAUAUAUAGAGAGAAAAGACCUAUAUUUAUAUAGAACCUUGACCACAUAAGUCAUUACCUUUAGCAUCUUCUGGAGAUCAGACUAAUAUGAGACAGUCCCUCCCUGCAAUUCUCCGUUAUUGUGAGUAUUUGAAUCAUUGAUCUCUGCAAUGGAUUUUUUUUAAAAUAGGUGACCAACUGUUUAUAAUCAUACAACCCAGCCAGCCUGCUACACAGUUUAUAAAGCAAUGCACUGCUGAUUUUAUCUGAUCAUUUAUCAGAUUUCAGAGAUUUGUUUCUAAUGUGUUUUAGCAAAGAGCAAUCUGGGGAUAGAGCAAGGGGGAAUAUGUGUAUAUAGGAGAAGCCUACAUUGAUUUAUAUAGGCCUCAUAGGUGUUCUUCCAUCAGCCCAGUAUAGAGAAAGCGAAAUUGACCAAGAAGUCAGAGUUGUUCAAAUGAGAAAUAUUUCCUUGAUUGAUUUGUUUUUCUGUGAAAACACUGUUUUUUCCUGCCAUGUUUGCUUCAGCAAACAGUUUUAUUACCCUAAAGAAAUAAUAUAUUUUAAUGGGCUGUGUUGUGGGCAGUAACAUGGACUUAUCUUAAGUCAUCAUUUGCAGGCCAUUAUUAACACAUUUAAAAAAAAAUGUGGGGGGGUUUCUUUUUUUCGGGUGGUAAUGGGAAUGUGUUAAAUGCAAUUUUAUGUCUUCUGCAUAGAGUGUUUUAUUUGAAUAUACCUGGACGUCUCCUCCUCUUUGACUCCAUUUGGCUUUUUGACCCUAUCCUUCCUUCGCUCCCAUGUCAUAAUAUCACUCUUGUAUUCAUGAUGCUUCAAAAUCAGCCUUUUUGUAGAUUUCUUAUUGAUAAGCCUUAAAGUGCUUUAACCAGCAAGCCAUCUUUAAUGCACCCAAAGGUCAUUUGUAGAAUGAGGUGAUGUGAUAUUUAAGAUGGGAGUGAGGGGAAGGUUUUAUAAAGAUAAUUCUCCAUACAGGUCAGUUUAGGGUGGAUUGUUAAGUCUAUUUGGAACUAGAUAUUUUAUUCUGUGUAUGCUCUUGUGUUACACCUCUUGGUGGCUCCUGUUUAUUGUGAACGCCUGUUCUUGCUUCUGCUUGUCUCAGGUCCCUGUGUUCCCACCCUUGUCUGUUCUGUCUCAGGUAGGCUGCUAAACUUUAGCCCCCACAUCGGAAACUGAAACAAAAACAACCACACAAUGGAUAGAUAAUGAUUUUUUUUAUCCUUUUUUUUUUUUUUUUUUUCCUUUUGGUCAUUUUAAUUUUUUAAAUAUUUUUUGUAACUUUUUUGCUUUUAGUUGUAUUAUUUCUGUAUUUUUUUUAAUAUACGGUACACUGUUCCAAAUGUAUUGUUGAGUAUUACUUUGUAAGAAAAUUAAAAUAAAAUGUAAAAUUA